UGCCGUGGCAGCGCGGGGUGGGGCGGGGCGGGAGGCCGGAAGUCCCGCCCACCGGGCUCCGCGCGCGCCGAUUGGCCGGGGCGAUGGCGGCGCCGGGCGCCUGGUUCGUCUUCGGCUUCGAGGGCGCGGACGAGCCCCCGCGCGGCCCCGACACCGGCACGGCCGCCCCGCGCGCGCUCCCGCUCCCCCCCGGCGGCGUGCGCGCGCUGCGGCCCGGCUGGGACUGCGUCGUGAUCGUCACCGGCUCGGGCGCGGCGGUGCUGCGGGGGGGCGCGGGGGCGGCGCUGCCGGGCGGCUGCCGGGACGCGGUGCCGGGGGAGGGCCACGUGCUGCUGGUGCUGGAGGCGGCGCUGGAGGCGCGCUCGUGGGCGGCGCUGCGCGGGGCCGGGGCCGGGGCGGAGGAGCGCGCCCCCGCCUGGCGCCGCCCGCUGCCGCCGGCCGCGCCCGCCCCGGCGCUGCCGCUCGUGCCCGGGGGCUUCGCGGCGCCGCGCGCCCCCUUCUUCUGGCCGCUGCCCGCGCGCCUGCGCGCCCGGCGCCUGGCGCUGGGGCUGGAGCACGCGCUGCUGCUGGGCGCCGCCGGCCUCGUCUACACCUGGGGCAGCAGCCGGCACGGGCAGCUGGGCCACGGCGGGCUGCAGGCGGAGCAGGAGCCGCGCGUGCUGGAGGCGCUGCAGGGGCUGCCCGUGGCCGACGUGGCGGCGGGCGGGUGGCACUCGGCCUGCGUGAGCGGUAGGUACGGGCCCUCCCCGGCGCGGGGGCAGCCGCGGCCGCAGCCACACGGCCGCCCUCUCGCUGUCCCGGCAGACGCGGGCGACCUGUACGUGUGGGGCUGGAACGCGUCCGGGCAGCUGGCGCUGCCGUGCAAGGCUCUGGCGAGGGAGCGCCGCGCCGCGGCCGACGGGCCCCCUGGUGCGGGGGCGGCUGCAGGUGACUCGGUGCCCAGCCCUGGAGCACACCAGGCUGCUGCAGGCGGUCACUUCAUUUCAAUCCAGGCCUUCCCAGCGCUGCUGGACCUCCCUCGUGGGGCCGAGGUCCGCCAGGUCAACUGCGGGUCCCGGCACACGGCUGCUGUGACCAGGCAAGGGGAGCUCUACACCUGGGGCUGGGGUAAAUACGGACAGCUGGGGCAUGGGGACAGAGCCAGCUCCGACCAGCCUCGCGUUGUUGCCUACUUCCCUGCCAAUGGGCUGCGCGUAGAGGAGGUGGUGUGCGGCCCAUGGACGACUUACGUGCGUGCCGCGGAGAAAGGAGAGCCUUCCUGAGCACUGCUGCUGGCACCGAGCCUGGCAGACAGCUGCCCGGCCCCAUGCUGUAGGCAGGGAGGAGAGGAGCCAGGCCGUGUUGGAUGUGUCAGUCUCCUCCAGGAGGGAAGCAAAGGUCCUGUGCUGGGCUGGACAUGUAGCACUUCAACCUCGGCUUCCAGCAGCCGGGGCCUGCAAAGAACGCUAAUAAAGUGCAGGGUCAAGCAACA